GUCCUCGCAGCAUUUUCGGAGCUGACCAAUCCAAAGCAAGACUUGUCAACCGAAGAAGAACUAUCAGUUGUGGCUGAGACAGAAGUUGCUCUUGAAAAGUUGGCCGAAACACUUCCCGACGGGAGUUGUACGUCGAUUGAAUAUUCGGCAAACAAUGCCGCACUUUGCCGCUCUUCAUCGUUGCAAAACCUGACUGGUGGGUACAAGUUCAAUACUGACGGGGCUCAGCUUGGGAGUUUGAACUUUGACCUCUCGCAGGCAGAUCCUGAUGCUGACAGCUUCACCUUGGUGAUUUUGAGGAAGGAAAACAAAGAGAGUGAAGUCAAUAUAGAAAACUUUCAAUCGUCAAGUCACGACGACUCGAUCAAACACAGCUCAGUUGGAGUGAACAGCGCCCUUUUGUCUUUCUCUUUCUCAGUUGAAGGACAGCGGCAGUCAGUUCCAGUAGAUUUCGGUUUGAAUAAUUUAGCAGAGGUAUACGACCAGCCAUUUACCAUUCAGGGAAGGAAUGGCAUUACAAGAAAUCCAAUCUGUGUCUUUUGGCAGACGAUCGAUAAAGAAUGGUCAACUUGGGGAUGCACAAAGAUGGACUCUCUGUCAUCUAAAGACCUUACUCAGUGUUCAUGCAACCAUUCUACAAAUUUCGCUGUUCUGAUGCAGGUUACUUCUGAUGACUCCAGUUCGCAAGCUCUGACACUCAUCACGUAUAUCGGGUGCGGCACAUCCAUUGCUGGAUUACUCCUUACUCUAUCAAUCUAUGGUUUCCUAUGGAGAAUGCUGUGUUCAGACCGCACCUUCAUUCACACCAAUUUAUCGAUUUCAAUCUUAGCAGCUCAGAUCCUAUUCAUUGCUGGUAUAAAUAGAGUCGAAAUCAAAGUUGUGUGCAAAGUGAUAGCCUUCUUUCUGCAUUUCUUCUACCUGUCUGCCUUUGGUUGGAUGUUGGUAGAGGGCGUGCAUCUCUACAUGAAGGUGGUCAAAGUCUAUGGCAGUGAGAACAUUAAGAUAUACCGCUACGUUCUCAUCGGCUGGGUCGCACCUGCUGCAAUUUGCUUGAUAUCAGUCGCUGUGAAUGUUGAGGGGUACGGGACGGAUCGUAGUUGUUGGCUGGACACGACGUCUGGGGCGAUAUGGGCCUUCGUAGCUCCAGCUUUACUGGUCAUAACGUUCAACAUGCUUGUUCUGGCGAUGGUUGUUCGUAUCGUGGUCCAUUCAACUAAACUCCAUCAAGAGAAACAACAUGACCACAUCAAAGCUGGGUUGAAGGGCGCCCUCGUACUGCUGCCGAUCCUGGGCAUGACAUGGCUCUUUGGAAUGCUUGCCUUCAACAGCGCCACCAUCGUUUUCCAGUAUCUCUUCGUCAUCUUCAAUUCUUUCCAGGGACUCUUCAUCUUUCUGAUCUAUUGCGUAUUCAACUCAGAGAUGAAAGCUGCAUUUGCUCGAAAAAGAGGGACAAGAAUAAGAGCACUUGGAUGGGGAACAUCGAGCGGGUCCACAUCCGGGCAUGUCAGCAAGCAGGUCACGGAGUUAACAUACUUGCCCAGCCCAGCCGACGGAGGGCGUAAAGAUGCAGAUGAAUCUGCAUUCAAUUUCGCCGAACAAGGGAUUGCACCGCCAAGAAUUGAAGCGCCUCUCCUGUCAAGUAAACCUAAGGUGCAUUGUGUUGCGAUAAAUACCAGGACGAUUCUACAGGAAACUACACGGAUUUAUGACCCGAGAGGGCUUGUUUGUUUCGAUGACGACUGUGAAUGUGUUGAGCCAACUACUGGUAAUGAUAACUUCACGUCUUUGAAUGAUGGUCAGGCCCCUUGCGAUCCGAAAUCGGGGUCAAUUCUGACCCCCGUAUUGGAAAAGACAGAACCCGAGAGGGCCUCCUCUUUAUCAAAUAGCGAGAAUGAUGCCGGCUCGACCUCCGUAUCAUCAUGGAGCAAUAAACUAGAUGGUAUCAUCAAGGCAGAAGUGGAUAAGAGGUACGCCGAAAGGUGGCCCAAUUCCGUGGCGAUACUGGUAGAUACAUAAAACGCAUCGUCUACCAGAUUACUUAAGUGUCACUGAAUGUUCGCCAUGUUUGAAUUCAAUGGCAACUUUCCUGUCUUGUUCUACAUCGGGUCAGCAGACUGAAACUUGGAAUACUGGAUUUAACAUUAUGAUUGUAUGAUAUUGUAAAUAAUAAACAGUUAGUCAUUCCUAUAAACUCUGACUCUAAACACUGGGACACCAAUACAAGACGUAUGACGUACACCACCUCCAGGCUCAUGGAUUACGUCAAUCACCGGUGGAGAUUCUGUCCCGGAGAUUGUGUGCCCCCCC